AUGGGUUGUUGGUUUGCUGAAAAUGCCACUAAAGCUUUUCUCAAAACCAUGAACAUGGGAAAGAGAGCUACAGAACCAAACGGAGCAGAGUUCAUCUUCGCGCUCGCAGCAGGAAAUAAUGUACAACUUAUGGUAGUUGCUUGUGCAAAUGUUGCAGACUCCACCACCCUUGCACUGGUGGCAACAGCUCAACAAACAGGAGGACGCGUCGUAGGAGAAGGGCUGCUGCUGACCAGAAUUAGUGCACUGGUGGAUUAUGUGGAGGAGAUAAAGUUUAUGGGUGAAGAAAAAAGAAAAUCAAAUCUUGGAACUAGUCAAAGAGCUGGAACGAUUUUGUUGACGGCGGGAUGGUGGUUGUUGUUGACGGCCGUAGAAGAAGGUGGUUGUUGA